UUCCAUCCGAUAAAAGUAGUAUGCGCUUUAUAAUUUCUAAUGAAAAUCACAUAACUUUUACGUUGUUCGAUAAACAGAGUAUCUAUACAAUAGAAAUUUACAUUGAAAUAACCAUACAAUUGUAAUUUUAUGUUUCAUUGAUUUCUUGCAUGUUUAGUGUUCAUUUGUUUAUAAAUGAAGAAAAGUGUAGAGUUAAUUUUGUUUUAUAUAAAUUGAAUGUUGCUAUUUUCAUUCAGGUUGCAAAAUGUGCAAUAAAUCUUGAGCUGGUAAAUGAUAGUUUUACUGAAUUAAAAGGUGAAAUUGCUGGUCCACCAGACACACCAUACGAGGGAGGCAAUUUUGUACUCGAGAUUAAAGUUCCCGAGACAUAUCCCUUCAAUCCUCCUAAAGUACGAUUUAUAACAAAAAUAUGGCACCCUAAUAUAUCUUCUGUAACAGGUGCUAUUUGUUUGGAUAUAUUAAAAGAUCAAUGGGCUGCUGCUAUGACUCUACGCACGGUAUUGCUAUCAUUACAAGCUUUAUUAUCUGCAGCAGAACCAGAUGAUCCACAAGAUGCAGUAGUGGCUAAACAAUAUAAAGAGCAUCCAGAAAUGUUUCGUCAAACCGCUAAACAUUGGACGUUUGUGUAUGCAGGUGGACCUGCUAAGAUGCCUGAUUUAGAUUACAAAAUAACGCGGUUAACAGAUAUGGGAAUCGAGGAACAUGAUGCAAGAGUUGCUUUAUCUUCUUAUGAUUGGGAUUUGGAACGUGCCUCCGAGCAGCUCUUCAGUUUGUGAUAACUGUAUAGUUAAUGUGUCAUAUACAAGCACUGAUCAUUUUGUCAUUACAAAACUUUUGUAAUACCACACCCAAUUAUUGACACCAUACCAGUUUCAUAAUCAAAUUCAGCACUUGUAACGACAAUAUUUCAAUGGCAAAAAACAUUUGCAGGAAAUUCAUUUAAUGUCCUUGAAUAAUAGUCAUUUAUUUAACUUGUAAAAUAGGCAUGAAAAAUCAGUAACUAAUAAAAUCUGUUAAGUCCAUCUUGAUAGCCACAUUUUAAAGAAGAACUUUAUGAAAAAAAUCAUUUUUCAUCUUGCGUUUAUUAAA